AUGGAGGAGCACUCGUUGGAGGCUCUCAUGCAGGCGGGCCUUAUUUUCGUGGUCGCCGUCGCCAUCAUCAUUUCGAAUCUUCUUAUUAUCGUCACUUACCUCAACUUCCGCGGUCCCUCCGAGGUGAUAAAUUACUAUUUGCUAUCACUCGCCUCGGCAGAUCUUCUGUGUGGUGUGUUAGUGGUACCGCUCUCGGUGUAUCCAGCAUUGGUGCGAAGAUGGGUCUACGGAGAUAUCGUGUGCCGACUUGUCGGUUACUUGGAAGUCACGCUUUGGGCGGUAUCAGUAUAUACCUUCAUGUGGAUCUCUGUGGAUCGUUAUCUGGCCAUCAGAAAACCACUCAGAUACGAGACAGUACAGACAAAAACCCGAUGUCAAUGCUGGAUGGUCUUCACAUGGAUCAGCGUGGCGAUGAUGUGCUGCCCGCCCUUACUCGGUUUCAACAAACCGAUUUUCGACCGCGAGGCCUUCAUCUGUAUGCUCGAUUGGGGCAACAUGGCCGCAUAUACCAUCACGUUGUCUAUUCUCGUGUUGGGGCCGUCAGUUAUCACCAUCGUCUAUACAUACUUCUAUAUAUUCUCCAUGAUGAGGCGAUUGAAGUCCGGCGUUCUAAUCCACGACAAGGAGUAUGCUACUGCGUUAUCGGAAAAUCUGAGCAAUCCGAGUCACAUCAUGUCUUUCGUCCUAGUGAUGGCUUUCUGGAUAUCAUGGGCUCCAUAUGCCGGAUUAAGGAUAUACGCAGUCGUUAACGGACCUCCUCAGGUGCCGUUUUUACACUUUGCCGUGGUGUGGCUGGGAGUCACAAACAGCUUUUGGAAAGCGGUUGUGCUGAGCACACUAAGCCCCCAGUUCCGAUUGGCUGUGCGAGUGCUCUGUCUCACCAUAUGCUGUCGACACAGGCGACUUCCGCCGGAACUUCUCGGCCUCGACGACGAUGACUAACGUCACAUCGACUACGUCUGCAAGCAGGAACGCUUAUUUUGCGUUCUAUUCUAUCCGCGACGCGUUCUUAAGAAGUCGCUUUCACAUUUAUUCAAGGAUCGUCCUCGCAUAUUGGCACCACUCGUAAGACAGAUCCUUAAAAUUUCACGCUCUGACACAAGAAUAAAUAAA